AAGUCCUUCCGGGUCAUGAACCACAAACCAGUGUUUACAUUGUCCGCCCACUUCAGGUGAUAGUUAUAGGGACUACAAACACAUCAAAGUGCGUAUCUGAGUGUCGAGGAAGACUAGAACCAUUCAACACAAUGUGGCUUGCUGUUUGUAUUGGAGGACUACUGUUGUAUUUCUUAUGGGAAUUACUACGAUCAUCAGGGGGUGAUGUUUCGAAACCAGGAAGAUUUUUCUACACAAAGAAAUGGAUGUUGCGUCUGUUAUUGUUGUUGAAUGGGUACCGCAAAAGUGACAGUGGUCAGAAGUCUAGUAGGAAGGAAAGGGGCUAUGGGAUCAGCAUAAGGGAUCCCUUAGUCCUGGAAGUUUGCCAGCCCCUUGAAGACCAUACUAUGGCCAUAGAUUCAACAUACUUCAAUGGAUUUGCUGAAGACGGCACUUCACUUGCGCUGCGUAUUGCCAGAAAGCACAACCGAGAGGGAGAAGUGUGGGUAAUGCUUGAUGUACCCGGCAUUGGUUACCUGCAACACCCACUUCAUCCGGAUACGGGUGUGUACAACAUGCCGGAUGGUGCAUACCGUUCUGGAGGGUGUGAGUUCAAGGUCAUUGAACCCAUGCGGUCCUGGAGAGUUGUCUACAAUGGCUUGCUGAGGCAGGGCUUACACAAUGACCCGCAGGCUGAAAAGACUGGUCGACUGGUAACUGUGAAACUGGCCCUCAGAUGGGAGUGCAGUGGUGACCCUUUCAACUUUGAUAUUGAUAUCGACAAAUCCCUGCUGGCGGAGGCAGUUGCCAAGGAAACAUGGACAAGGAAGUUCUGGCAGAAACUAAGAGGGAACCAUCAGACUCACUAUGAGCAGUGCGGGGAACUCAUGGGGACACUGGAGGUCGAAGGUUAUGAGGCGAGACAUCUUGUGCUCAAAAGCUUUAGGGAUCACACAUUUGGAGUGCGCAACUGGGAAAUGUUUGAGAGAUAUGCCAUACACUUCAUUUGGAUUGAGGAGGUGGGAGUCAUGGCAAUGGUGGCCUGCCUCUGGAUGCCUGGAUACAUCACACAUUUGCAGGCGGGGUACCUUAUGUACAGCAACGGAGUUACCUACCCUGUGACCUCUGUGACCCUUGACCUUGACACACUUACAAGGGACCACACCCCACCAGACAGAUACUCCUUCACAUUCUGUGCAGCUGGGGAGCAUUACCAUGUGUACUCAGUUGCCACAGUGACCCCCGAGGUGUACCAUUACCGGUCUCGCGGCAGUCGUAUCCUGGAGAGGAUGUGCACAUACCGGGUCAACGGGAAGACUGCACGUGGGCUUGCAGAGUUCCACUACAGAAAUCCAUCCGGUCCAGCCAUAGCAGACAGGGAACCAGUGACUCUUCCUUUGUUGAGGGAACCAGUCGACUUGGGGGUCAGCAAGGGGCAGAUAACCCUGCAGUUCACUGACCCAGUGUGCCAGAGCAGUGGGGUAGUAGGGGGCAAGGGGGCCCAGCUUGCCUUGCUCACGCAAAUACAGAGCCAGGUUGGAGCCACUGUCCCCAAGGGAUUCUGUCUCACCCUAGAUGCCUUUGAACUGCAGCUUGUGGAGUACCCAGAGAUUGUUGAGAGCCUAGAACAUAUUGUGGAGUCCAUCAGACAAGAAAAAUUAGAUGUACUACAAACACUAUGCUCAGAAGCUGUUGAGCUAUUGGCCAGCUGUAAGGUGUGUCAGCCAAUUGAAACAAAGCUUAUAUCGCAGCUGCAGGCAACAUUUGGAGACAAGUAUCAGCAUGUACGAUUAGCCAUCAGAUCAUCUGCUGCUGGUGAGGAUGGUGGGGAGUCGAGCUCCGCAGGUCAGAUGGAGACGUUCCUUGGAGUGGUCUCCCAUGACAACGUGCUAGAGGCUGUCAGGAAGUGCUGGUCCUCGGCCUACACGUACCAGGCUGUUGAAUACCGCAGGCAGCACGGCCAGCCUGUGCGUACCUCGGUGGGGGUGGUUGUACAGGAGAUGGUGAGGUCAGAGGUCGCUGGGGUCAUCUUCACCAACGACCCCCGCACGGGAAAUUCGGGCAGGAUGGUGCUUGAUGCUUCAUUUGGUCUUGGAGAGGCUGUUGUAUCGGGUAAAACCACGCCAGAUUCUUUCAUCCUCCAACGUUACCAUGACAACAGUGUGGAGAUCCUGGAGCGUCACCUUGGAAACAAGACUGUAGAGAUUGCUAUGGCAGAUGAUGGGGGUGUAACUGAGAAGCAGAGAGCACCGGCCAAGGAAUGUUGUCUCCAUGACAAUCAGGUGGUAACACUCGCCACUCUUGCCAUCAAGAUAGAGGACUACUUUGGCAGCCCCCGUGACAUUGAGUGGGCUAUGGCUGGAGAGAAUAUCUACCUCUUACAGGUAUGUGAGUGGGCCAUGGCUGGAGAGAAUAUCUACCUCUUACAGGUAUGUGAGUGGGCCAUGGCUGGAGAGAAUAUCUACCUCUUACAGGUAUGUGAGUGGGCCAUGGCUGGAGAGAAUAUCUACCUCUUACAGGCACGACCAGUCACGACAAGCGAUCAGGAGACGGACGAUGACAUCAUACACGAGUUUGACAGUCCUGUUAUGACGCCGCAUGACAGGGUUACCAUUGGUAACAUAGGGGAGAUGAUGCCAGGCUGUGUAACGCCCCUCACUGGAUCAGUGUUUGGUAGAGCUGUUGACUAUGCCACUUCUGUGGUGGGUGCAGAUUUUGGAGGGGGCAAUGUGUCCAGGUUUGCCUCUAAAUCUACCAUCUGCAAUUCUGGUAGACUGUUCAUAAACUUGACGCAUGUGGCCCAGAACUACCAGAAGUCCUUGCUGUAUCAGAAGGAGGCAUUGGAGUUGAACCUGGUUGGGGCAGUGCUUGCAGACCACACCCAGGACAUGAUUGACAGCUCAUGUCAGCAUCGUGCCAGCUUCCUGACCAAGCUCUACAAUGUGGCACGCUUCUUCAUCGUCAACAAUCGUAAGGUGAAGGUCGCUGAUGGUUGGCAGGAGAGACUGAAGACAUACCAGGUGGGCAGAGAUUGUGAGAGGUCAGCUGACCUGUAUGAUGCCAUCUGUAGGCAGCUGCCUGACUAUUACCAGGUGUGGGAGACGAGUGUGCACAAGAGUUCCAAGAGUGGUAGCUAUGGAGGCGUUGUCAUGGGGAUCAUUGCUGGAGGGAAAAACGACUGGAGCACCGAGAACUGCAGUGAUCUAGCCCUGCUGCUGUCCCAGUGUCACAACGUCUACAGUGCUGAUGUGCCCCUUGCAUUGAAGGAUAUUGCAAAAUGCAUUGUGGAGAAACAGUUGUCUGAAGAAUUCAUGAACAAAACAGACAAGGAUAGUGUAGCAUGGAUGGGCAGCCCACAAUGCCCUGCUUUACUGAGUGAGAAGUACCGCAGCUUCCUGUGUCGCCAUGGUCACCGCUGUGUGAGGGAGGCGGAGUUUGUGGAGAAAUCGUGGAGGGCGGAGCCUGAGAAACUCAUAAGGGUCAUCAAGGCGCUGAUCCGUAGUGAAGCAUUCACAGACUCCCAGUCUCCGGUUCCCAGCCUGGACUCAUGCAUGGCCCAGCUCCAGUCUUCCGUGUCCUGGCUAGGGCGGUUCCUGUUGAGACACUGGCUGGUACAGAAGGCACGAGAUGCCGUUGGCAACAGGGAGCUUGGAAAGUCAAUUGCUGUCGAGGCUGCAGACAGGUUCAAGCAGGCCUACUGGAGACUUGCUGACAUGCUGUUUCUUGAGGGCCGACUGCCUGAGAGAGAGCUGAUGUUCUACCUGACACACAGGGAGAUAGGGGAGCUAAUCCAGACCAGAUCAGCCAGGCUUGUCACCAAGGCUGUGAGGAGACGCCGACUGCAACCAGUCCAGUCAGAGCUGGAGUUCCCCAGGAUCAGUGUGGGGAGACCCGUCCCGAUUGAGAGGAAAUCUUUAGAACAAAGACAGGCCACAUUUACAUUAAAAGGUAUGCCGGUAAGCAGAGGCUGUGUACAGGGUACAGCUCGAGUCAUCAGAUCCCUCACAGAGGCUGAUCAAAUACAGAAGGGGGACAUCCUGAUAGUCAGUUACACGGACGUGGGUUGGACCCCAUACUUCCCGCUGAUUGCAGGGCUGGUGACAGAACUAGGGGGGCUUGUGUCCCAUGGUGCAGUGGUUGCCAGGGAGUAUGGCCUACCCUGUGUCGUCAAUGUGCCCAAUGCUACCAUACACUUGCUGACAGGGGAUAUGGUACGUCUAGAUGGCACAAAGGGCACUGUAGAUCGCCUGGAAUCUUAACAUGGCAAAGCGGGUCCAAGUGAACUAGAUCUCAUUGUUGUAUUAGAUGAGCCUCAUUCUGUAUAAGCUGAUCAGGGAAGACACUUUAUGAACAUGUAUAAGGACCAAUUUAAACAGAACUAGAAUGAAGCUCAUAGUAUAGUGUGAAUACUGUCUCUCACACAUUUGUGCGUAUGUGUGCAGAUGUGUGACUUAGUCAUAUUAUGCCAGUGAUAGCCAUACAUGAGUGGCAUUGUUUUUUAUUUAAGUUUUGAACUAUAUCAAUCAACUGUGAUACAUAUUCGUUUUACCCUGUUAUUAAACAAAUCAGUAUUAUGUUUACAUUUUUGUUGUUGUUAGCUGAGCAAACUCUCUUAAGUGCUGGAGGUGAGUAAUUGUGGUCACCCUGUCUUGCAUUCAACAUAUUUUGUUGUCACAAAAUUACAGCUCCUGCUAAGAAAAUCGCUACAAGUUAAGUCGAGAUAUAGAGGGAAUAUUUAUUUGAAAUAAAUGCUAAUUACUUGCUGAUAUGACUGGAAAGUGAGCAGAAUUUUGAACAAUUAAUACAAGUACUAAAGGAUAUACGAUGGCGAAAAAAACCUGUUUCUGCAUGGACGUCGCCAUCUUAUUUGUCAUGUGAUUACAUCUGUAACCGCUUCUUAUCUUGGAAAAAAGUAACCACUGUAGAGGAUACAUUUAUGACUUCGUGGAACUUGGUAAGAAUGUUUAUCCCAAAAAUAUCUGGGCGCAGUUCAAUUCUGGAUCACGAGUGUCUUAAAUCUAGGUCACAAGGUCAAAUUGUUAAAAAAACUUGUUUAAAGGCUACAUUUCCUCAAUCUUUAUUAAACUUAGUAAGAAUGUUUAUCUUGACAAUAUCUAGGGCAGAUUGUAAUGUUUGUCAAGUGUGUCCAAAAUCCAGAUGAUGGGUUAAAAUUUUAGAAAAACAUUGCUACAACUUAAGCAGUUGCUUUUAUGAUUCAAUAUUGAUGAAAUUUUUCCGAAUGUUUAUAACGCCAAUAUCUUUUUCGAGUUCAAAUCUUGAUCACGUGCAUCCACAAACUAGGGCAUCAAGUCUUAUCAUAUUAAAAUCUUGUAACCACUCUGUAAGCCACUACUAUGACCCAAUUUGUUUACCUUGACAAUAUCUAGGCAAAGUUUGAACCUUGGUCAUGUGCGUAAGCCACUACUAUUACCCAAUUUGUUUACCUUGACAAUAUCUAGGCAAAAUUGGAACCUUGGUCAUGUGCGUAAGCCACUACUAUUACCCAAUUUGUUUACCUUGACAAUAUCUAGGCAAAGUUUGAACCUUGGUCAUGUGCGUAAGCCACUACUAUUACCCAAUUUGUUUACCUUGACAAUAUCUAGGCAAAGUUUGAACCUUGGUCAUGUGCGGCCAAAAAUAAAGUCACCAAUUCAAAAUUUGUUUGAAACUUAAAACCACUCCAGAAGCCAUUUUUAUUACAUUGUCUUGAAGAAACAUGGUCAUUAUGGUUAUCUUGACAAUAUCAAGUUCAUGUUUGGAUAUGUAUCAAGUGUGGUUAAGAAACUAGAUCAUCAGGUCAGUUUUCAAUGAUGUGUAUGCCUUGAAGUCAGGUGAGCAAUGUACGGCCAUCACGGCCCUCUUGUUAAUAUUAAAUCUCGUUGGGUUAUAACAUGAUAUUUAAUAUACAUGUUUUAUAAUUAUUAUUAUUAUGUAAAUUUUCAUAAUGUAUAUUUUUUAAAUGCAUAAAUGUAAUUAGUUUUCUGUGGACUAUUUACAUGAUUAUGUCAAUACUGUUGCCCAGGGGUAUAAUGGAGUAAACCGGUAUUUCUGUUUGUUUGUCUGUUUGUUAUUGGUGUUGUAUGUUUUGAUUUUAUUACAAACAUACAAUUUUAUUUUCAACAGUAACGUAUUGUUAUAACGCAACGUGUACUGCAUCAGCUUUUUGCAUUUAUUAUAUACUAGCUACUCUAGAAACAUUAUAAUGCAGUUAUUCUCUCUUGUUAUUUAGAAUUACAUUAGCCGUCUAAUACAUUAUGUUCUAUCUGAAUCAACGAAAUCAAACAAUGUCCUUAAAGUGUUCAGAUAAUUUGUAUCUCUAGUUAAACUUUACAUUUUUGAAACUCAAACUGUGUGUCGCUUGUAUCAUGUAUCAAUAUCCAUACUUAUUCCAGAGCUGAAUGCGGUGUGGGGGGGGGGGGCCAAUUUUAUGUGCCUAUUGGAUGUUCAAUUCUUAUUAUUGUUUUUAAAUAAUGUAAUGUUAAUUAAUGUGUUAAUUAUUAUACGGGCUGAUUUCAUUUAAUACCUCAUGAAUAUUCGACAUGGUUGUGAAUUAUUAGAUGUCGUGAUUAUUGUUCUUUUGUUUGAUAAUUGAUAAUUAUUUGAAAUAAAGUGUUCAUGAUUUUUUUCAGAAGCGCUGGUGAA